AUGGCAGCCGACUUGUCAGUUGGCAGCCCGGUUUUUAUCCAUGGCCUUGUAAGCGAGCAAGGCCAAGCACUGAAUCUGAAGCGUGGUGAAGUGGUUGCAGCUGAAGAUGCUGGUCGACUGGGCGUCGCAGUGGCAGGGGACUCUCCGAAACGGUUGAAGCGCAUGAACCUUUUGAGUGCACAUCGGAUGGAGGAUCGGCAACUGCUCCUUCAGCUUUUGGUUCUUCGCCGGCGUAAGCUGCGUCUAGUAAUGCCAGCUCUCAAGCAGCUUUUGAAGGAGGAUUUGGGCCUCAUUCUGCUGGUCUCCUCUUAUGUCUCUUCUGCUCCCAGCUGCCUCUUCCACUUUGGAGGCUUCAUGCGCCAAGUUUGGAUGGAGAACUGGUGCUUCUUAUCGGUGCAAGGUCGCGUUGUGGCAAAGUCAUUGGCGCAACAGAAGGCAUCUCGGUUGGAUGCAGCAAGCUGUGAUGUGGGCCUUGGGCGUGUGCUCUUUGCAGGCGGCUGCCGAAGACAUCCUCAGCUUUGUGCACGUGACGACUUCUUCAAGUCGGCAGAGCUUUACGACUGCCUCACGGACACGUGGCAGCAGCUUCCGCCCAUGACUACUCGCCGCCAUGGUGCGACUGCGUGCCAACUGGACGGGAAGGUCUACGUCCUUGGUGGCAUGCGUGGUGCUGCAGUCUGA